UGAAGGGAAAACUCACACUGUGAAGAGCAGUUGUUGCAAGUGUUUAGUUUAUUGUUGUUGUUUGGUGGGGAUCGCUGUAAGUUUACACUAGAAUGACUUUAACCCUGAGGAGAGUGUACCACGUUGCAGCCCUGAGCUGGUAUACUUUCAUUGUUAAGAGUCUCGCUGCUAAGGAUGGAGAGGAGUUACCACCAGGAAUCUUUGUUUAUGGAGGACCCUGGAAGUACCUUACUUUUUUGAACUUGUUAUUACAGAUGUUAUUCUUUGGACUGGCGGCAGUGAAUGACCUUCAACCUGGGAAAAAGUCAGAGAGUACUCUGAACAAAUGUAAAGACCUUCUCUUCUCUGUCUUUGCCUUCCCUGUGGGCACGUUUGUGGUUCUACUUUUCUGGUCCAUCUUUGCCUACGACAGAGAAUUAGUCUACCCAGCUACUAUUGACACCUUCUUCCCCCCCUGGAUAAACCAUGCUAUGCACACGUUUGUCCUUCCUGUUUUACUUGGAGAGGUGCUGGUGCAGCCUCACAUCUACCCACAGACGAAACAUGCGCUGGCAGCAUUAGGAGUCGUGGGCUUGUCUUACUUGCUUUGGAUUAUAUGGGUUUACUUGUCAGUCGGGAUUUGGGUGUAUCCCCUUCUUGGGAACUUCAGCACUCCUGGUCUGGUGGGCUUCUUCUUUUUCAACAUGUCGGUGGUGACUUUGCUCUACAUGCUAGGGGAAAAGCUCAACAGCCACAUCUGGAGUAAGAGACAAUAACGCUACAGCUGGAGAUACACAAAGGAUCAUAUGUAA